GCCCUGUCUCCCACAGGAGACAGCCUCUGGCACUGCCACCGAGCACACUGCCAGCCCCCGGAGAGCCGAGGAGAAGGGGCCGGUGGUUGCAGCACGCAGGGCUGGGCUGGAGGGCAGCGAGGUCAGCCCUGCUAUGGUCGCGGGGUGCUAGGAGCCUGUGUGCAUCCACCGGGAAGAGGUGAAGGAUGGCUGCCGAAGGAGGGAGAGCCAAGCCCGUUGCCCAGUCCAGGAUGGAGAACUUCCGAAAGGUGAGGACCUCGGAGGAGGAGAUGCCAUUACCCUUCCCAGACCUGCCCCCGGACGUGGUGGAGAUGAAAGUGAAGGAGGGCAGCAAGAUCAGGAACCUGAUGAACUUCGCCAUGGCCCAGAUGGAGCUGAAGGGCAGGCGGCAGAUCGUGUUCAGCGGCUGCGGCAGAGCGGUCACCAAGACCAUCACCUGCGUGGAGAUCAUGAAGCGCAAGCUGGGAGGGCUCCACCAGGUCACCAAGGUACGCUACCAAACUGUGCUGGAGGUCUGGGAGAGCCAGGACCCGCUGCCCGACGGCCCCGCACAGAACCUGACUGUCCACAAGAAUGUCCCCUCCAUCUGCAUCCUACUCUCCCGGGACCCCCUGGAUCCCAACCAGAUGGGAUACCAGCCCCCUGAGCCCCGGCACGAGGUGGGAGAAGACACAUUGGGAUCCUCCAGCAAGGGGCUGAAGCGGCCACUGCCGCCUCCCUGUGAGGAGCUGCUGCCCAAGAAGCUGCAGGUACAGGUGUCUGACAGCCCCAGGGGCACGGGGACCACCACUGGCCAGCAGGACCACUGA